AUGCUUGUAUAUUGUGUGAGAUCCUACAAUCAAAAGAGAUACACCCCGAAACGCCGCCGCAACGAGAUUGACGACAUGAUGAAUGCUGGACAAAUGGCCGUCGGAUCAUCUGGAACCAUUGCCAUGGGCACCGGAGUCCCACAGAAGAAGGACGACAUGGACGCCCUCUCCACGCUGGAGCGCGACGUCGCCAAGCGAACCCAACACGCUCAGCAGAUUCUCCUCCGCCAGCGUGCCAACCAAUCGACGCCACGCUCGGUGACACCACCACCACAACCACAGGAGUUCAAGACGUACGUCAUCUCGGCGCCACAACAACAGCAUCAACAGCACGUUGGAAAUAACGGACAUCAGCAAGUGCUUCACGGAGGACACAUGCAACAGCAACAGCAGAUUCAGGUGUCGCAUCAGGUAAUUUGA